UGACUGUGGCCGCCGGUCGGCACGGCUAUGAGCGGCCAGUAGACCCCGAUUCCACGCCCUCCAGCGGAGUCCGAGCACAAAGGAGCUGGUCUGAAUAAAACUGCCGUUAAACCAACAUAUAAACUUUGAACCCAGGGCGCCGAAAACCAGGAACUGUAAGCCUUUUUUAUGUGAAGGGCUCCGCAUUCCUCGGGUUGAGGAUGCGGGCGCGACUGCGUCGUGCGGCGGACGACGAGGGCGGCGAUGCGGCGCAGGAGGUCGCCACGGCCGCGCCAGAGGAUGCGGCGACCACCGCCGCCGCCACCACCACCACCACCACCACCGAGUCGCAGGGCGACAUCAUCCUCAAGCAGGCUGAGGCGGGCACGCGCAAGAUGGCGCAGUCCAUGGGCAUCCCGUUCCCGGCCCUCAUCGCUAUCCUGAUAGGCAUCGGAAUCCUCAUCCUGGGCAUCUGCUUCUGCUGCAUCAGACGAUGCUUCCGAAAGCGCAGAAGCAAAGAUGCCAAAGGCAAAGGUGGCAAGGGCGUGGACAUGAAGUCGGUGCAGCUCUUGGGAAGUGCCUACAAAGAGAAGGUGCAGCCCGACAUGGAGGAGCUCACCGAGAACGCCGAGGACAUUGCCGAGGAGGGAGAGAGCAAGCAGUCGGAGCAGAAACUCGGCCGGCUCCAGUUCAAGCUGGAAUACGACUUCAACUCCAACAACCUGACGGUAACAGUGAUCCAGUGCGAGGAGUUGCCGGCCCUGGAUAUGGGGGGCACCUCCGACCCUUACGUCAAAGUCUACCUCCUGCCCGACAAGAAGAAGAAGUUCGAGACCAAGGUCCACAGGAAGACACUGAAUCCAGUUUUCAACGAGACGUUUACUUUCAAGAACGUCCCGUACGCCGACGCCAUGGGCAAGACUCUCGUGUUCGCCAUCUACGACUUCGACCGCUUCUCCAAGCACGACCAGAUCGGCGAGGUCAAGCUGCCGCUCUGUACCAUCGAUCUGGCGCAGACGAUCGAGGAGUGGCGCGAGCUGGUCAGCGUCGAGGGCGACGGCGGCCAGGAAAACAAGCUGGGAGACAUCUGUUUCUCGCUGCGGUAUGUCCCGACGGCCGGCAAGCUGACAGUGGUCAUCCUCGAAGCCAAGAACCUGAAGAAGAUGGACGUGGGUGGCCUAUCGGAUCCAUACGUGAAGAUAGCUUUAAUGCAGAACGGUAAACGCCUGAAGAAAAAGAAGACCAGCAUCAAGAAGUGCACCCUGAACCCCUACUAUAAUGAGUCGUUCACGUUCGAGGUUCCAUUCGAGCAGAUCCAGAAGGUGCAGCUGGUGGUGACCGUGGUCGACUACGACCGGAUCGGCACGUCCGAGCCGAUAGGCAAAUGUGUGCUGGGCUGCACGGCGUCGGGCACCGAGCUGCGCCACUGGUCCGACAUGCUGGCCUCGCCGCGCCGGCCCAUCGCCCAGUGGCACACCCUCAAGGACCCCGAGGACGGUGACAAGAAGGACUAA